ACCCAACAACAUUUCCGCAGCUACAGCCGCGUCAUUCGCGUCUUUCACUUAGCAAAACAAUGGAAGAGAGUACACACGAAAACCGUCAAAAAACAUUUACAUGCCAAUUGUGCGAUUUACGCUGCCCUUAUACUUCCUACGGACAGAAACCACCAAACACCAGAGCCAUUGUGUUGCUGGAGGAGUGCUAUGUGACGAAAGACCCCUUCAGUCCAGAUAAGGAGAAGUUUCUCGUUUUGGGUUCCAAGUGCAGCUUGUGUGGCGUCACUGUAUGCGUUGGUUCGGAUUGCAGUCUGUUCUACACCAAGAGGUUCUGCCUGCGCUGUGUCAACAAAAACCUGCAGCAGUUUCCCCGCCAGAUCCGGACCGAGCUGGCCAAGAAGCCGCCGCAAUAGGUUUACAGUCCUUUUUUUUUUUUUUUUUUUUACGUAAACAUAACAUGGGACACUUCAGCACCACCAUUUUUUGUUACUCUUAUGCUUGAGAGUGAAUUCUACUAUUUUCUUUUUU